AUGUCGGUAGAUCGUAGUUGGAUGUAUGAGCGACUAGAUCAAAAUGGCUUCCUUAAUUCUGAAUUUGAGAUUGGAGUAGAGACAUUUCUAAAUUUUGCCUAUUCACAAGUACAGUUUAUAUGCCAAGAUAAAAUUCGUUGUCCAUGUUCUAAGUGUCAGAAUAGAAAAUUUCAAAAUAGGCAAUAUGUUACUUAUCAUCUUUGCAAAAAUGGAUUUGUUGGAGGGUACACUAAGUGGAUUGCGCAUGGUGAAUCUAUCACUCAUGAAAUAAAUUCUGAACAACUUGAGGAACAGUCUACUGAUUAUCUUGCUACAACCAACAAUGUCAAUGAUUAUAGAAGCAUGGUCACAGAAGCAAUGGAUAUAAAUUGUGGUACAUUUGGAGUUGGUAAUUCUGAAAUGGACAAUCAAACCAUGGAACAGAAUUUAGAAGUUUCAAAAUUCUAUGAAUUGUUACAUGAUGCGGAUGUGCCGUUAUGGGAAGGCUGCAAUAAUCAUACCAAGUUAUCUGCUGUAUCUCAAUUACUGAACUUAAUGUUAGAAUUUCACAUCAGUCAUAGUUGUUUUGAUAAGUUUAUGGGAACAGUAAAAAGUAUGCUACCAGAAGGAAACCUCUUACCGGAUAAUUUUUAUAAUACGAAGAAGAUGAUGUCCACUCUAGGCCUUGGUUAUACAAAAAUCGAUGUUUGUGUAAACAAUUGUAUGUUGUACUUUCAAGAAAACAUCGACAGAACAUCAUGUACAAUAUGUGGUCACCCUCGAUAUAAACCAAUACAAUCAUUUGUGGGGCGACGGAAAAAGAGACCAUUUAAAGUGUUGCGAUAUCUGCCUUUAAUUCCCAGACUCCAAAGACUUUUUAUGUCAUCCAAAACUGCUCAGCAUAUGGUUUGGCAUGCUUCUAACCAACAUGUAGAUGGUAGUAUGGUGCAUCCUGUUGAUAGUGAGGCAUGGAAACAUUUUGAUCGCACCCACUCUUGGUUUGCAUCUGAUCCAAGAAAUGUUCGGCUUGGAUUAUGUACUGAUGGAUUCAACCCUUUUGGACAACGGUCUAAGCCGUAUUCUUGUUGGCCCGUAAUUGUUGUAGUUUACAAUUUACCUCCAUGGAUGGCAAUGAAAAAACCUUACAUGUUUCUGAAUAUGGUAAUUCCAGGUCCUAAAAGCCCUGGAAAAAGCUUGGAUAUUUUUUUGAGGCCUUUGAUUGAUGAGUUGAAAAUAUUGUGGCAUGAAGGAGUUUGGACUCAUGAUGCUAAUUCUAACCAAAACUUUCAAAUGAAAGCAGCACUGUUAUGGACAAUAAGUGAUUUUCCUGCAUAUGAAAAGAAUGUGUUUGAUAAUAUAUUCUACACAGUUAUGGAUGUGAAUGGAAAAUCAAAGGACAAUAUCAAGGCACGACAAGAUUUAAAAGUCUAUUGCAAUCGUCCUGAGUUAGAAUUGUUGUAUAAUAAUGGUAAAGUAUACAAACCUAAAGCCACUUAUUCUUUGAAUAAAGAACAGAAACGGUCAAUUUGUCAGUGGCUUAAGGAUUUGAGGUUACCUGACGGCUAUGCUUCGAACAUUGCUCAGUCUCGGUUUGGAAUGCUUUGA